AUGAAUAAUGAUAAUUCAAAAACCAGAUUGACUGCUAAUUUUAUGAGGGUUAAUAUGAAAACUCAGAAUAAAAGUGUGUAUGGAGAAACACCAGGUGAAGUUUUGAAUGAAAUUAAAUUCUAUUGUGAACAACAGUGUUCAAUUGUGGAAUUCAAUAGAAGAUGUAAAAGUCUAAGAACUGGAGAUUCUGUGAAUAAACAAUCUAGUGAAUCUUUCAUUGAUUCUUACGAGCAAAUUUUGGAGAAUUAUAAAAUGGUUGAGAAUACCACUGGUGUGAAAUUUCGUCGAAUUGGAACAUUCAUGAGAGGAUUAUCACCAAGGUAUCAAGGAUUUAGAGCUCAUAUUCAAAAUUAUGUCAAUGGUCAAGAUGAAAUUGCCAACGUAUAUGGAGUCUCAUCAUCAAAAUUAGUUGAACUAUUUCGUAAUUCUGUUGAUGAUGGAAACCGUUGA